AUGCUCCGCGAUAUCAAUAACACUGUAAAUUCAAUAAGGAGGAGACAAGAAAAAGAUGAAGUUUUUACUAUUUCUGCCAUGAAUUCUGUAAAAACGCAAAAGUUAAUGGCAGUGUAUGAUAUCGCAACAGCAGUGGAGGAUAUAACAUUCGAUGAAAUUUCACCACUCCUGGAAA